GCGCUUGGCUGCAUGGCACGGUGCUUUCUGCAAGGGAGGCAGCCUGCUUUUGGUGACUUGUGCCAGUCCCAGGCCAGUGCCACGGACCAGUGCAACACAUGGAUGAGGUUGGCUCCACGCACUGUGCCAGCCUGGAGAAAUCCAGUUUCAAGUCCCUGCUCUGGCACUGACUCCCAGUUUGGCCCGGAGCAGGUCACCUGGUGUCUGUGUCACCCUCAGAGGCCAGCAGGGAGGAGAAUGGGCAUUUUGGCUCUUGGGGCACUUAGCCUGGUAGCCCUUAUUGCACCUCAUUAGCCAUGGGAAGGGAGCCCCAGCCCCAACACCAGCACCCCACAGGAAGUGGUUUUCCCUGGAAUUCUGUUACUCUGGAGCAGUGUGGCAGCAGGAAGAUGAAUGUUGUGGGAUUAUAAGAGCUGCAACCUUUUUAUUUGGCCAUAUCUAUGUCAUUAGUAUAUACAUAGACUGCCUUUGCCUUUGAACAAAUACGGGGUGAGGCUUGAUGGAAUUCUUCAACAUAUUUGGGUUUUUCCUAGUUUGAGGAAAAGGGACCAUAUUUACUUUCCAGCUUUCCUGGUUCUGGUGCAAGGUGGGAUAAAAUUAUUCCCCUGUAGGCCCUUAUGCAGUCAGGCUCCAGAGACCAGCAUCCUAAAGGCUUGGUGGUGCAGUACUGGUGGAGGAGUUCUUUGAGAUGCUAUUCCAGCACGCUCAGAAAUCUAUCUACAGUACAGUGGCCUUGGAAAGUUACCUGGAAGAUUCCCCGGUGCACGCCAGCUCCCCGUCGGUGAGCCUGUCCUCGGGGCUGUCCUCGGGGAGCCCGGUGGUGGAGGGGCCCCCCAGCUUCCUGGAGCCCCCCGGGAGCGCGGCGCGGGCGCUGCCGGCGCCCAUGAGCGCCCUGGGCUCGCCCUACAGGGUCAUCGCCUCCUCGCUGGGCUCGCACCCCGUCGCUCUGUCCUCCGCCCCCGGCGUCAAUUUCGUGGCACACGCCAGCCCACAGCUCAAUGUCCUGAACAAUGUCAGCAGCUCGGAGGAUGUCAAGCCCUUGCCGGGUCUCCCGGGGAUGGGGAACAUGAAUUAUCCAUCCACGAGUCCAGGAUCCCUAGCCAAACACAUCUGUGCCAUCUGUGGGGACAGGUCCUCAGGGAAGCACUAUGGGGUGUACAGCUGUGAGGGCUGCAAAGGCUUCUUCAAGAGGACCAUCAGGAAGGAUCUGAUCUACACCUGCCGGGAUAACAAGGACUGCCUGAUCGACAAGCGCCAGCGCAACCGCUGCCAGUACUGCCGCUACCAGAAGUGCCUCGCCAUGGGGAUGAAGAGGGAAGCUGUGCAGGAGGAGAGGCAGAGGAGCAGGGAGCGCAGUGAGACCGAGGCCGAGUCCACGAGCAGUGGCAGUGAGGACAUGCCCGUGGAGAGGAUCCUGGAAGCUGAGCUGGCAGUGGAGCCCAAAACAGAGGCCUACAGUGACAUGGGCACAGAGAGCUCGACAAAUGACCCUGUCACCAACAUCUGCCACGCUGCUGACAAGCAGCUCUUCACUCUGGUCGAGUGGGCCAAGCGCAUCCCUCACUUCUCCGACCUGACGCUGGAAGACCAAGUCAUUCUCCUCCGGGCAGGCUGGAAUGAGCUGCUCAUUGCCUCCUUCUCCCAUCGCUCUGUGUCGGUGCAGGAUGGGAUCCUGCUGGCCACGGGCCUGCACGUGCACCGCAGCAGCGCCCACAGCGCCGGCGUGGGCUCCAUCUUUGACAGGGUUUUGACAGAGCUGGUGUCCAAAAUGAAAGACAUGCAGAUGGAUAAGUCGGAGCUGGGGUGCCUGCGAGCCAUUGUCCUGUUUAACCCAGAUGCCAAGGGUUUGUCCAGCCCCUCAGAAGUGGAAUCCCUGCGGGAGAAGGUCUAUGCCACGCUGGAAGCCUACACGAAGCAGAAGUACCCCGAGCAGCCAGGGCGGUUUGCCAAGCUGCUCCUGCGCCUGCCGGCACUGCGCUCCAUCGGGCUGAAGUGCCUGGAGCACCUCUUCUUCUUCAAGCUGAUUGGAGACACCCCCAUCGACACCUUCCUCAUGGAGAUGCUGGAGACACCCCUGCAGGUCACUUGAGGGUCUGUCUGGCCAGAGCCUGGCCCCCUGUGCCCCUGCAGAGCCUCCUGCCCCUGUGCUCUGAGCCAGCUCCAGAGAUGUCCUUGGCCCUCCGCUCCUCCUCGGUGGGAUUGUCGUGGUUUUGGACAGCUGUAAAUCACCCCCUUGAGCCCUCCCUGGCCUGUCUGGGGGGGUCACUGAUCCUCUACCCAGCUAACCACCCCCCUGCCCCCCUGUACAGAUAAUUGCUUUAAAUUAUUUUUUCAUUCUCAAUAAAAGUCAACAAAACAAAUAAAAUAUUACGAGUGAGGCA